AUGAACCUAGAUCAUAUUCAAUACUCAUUCGUCCCUCUAUUCACCACUUUCUACCAGCUAUCACCAUUUUUAUGGACUCCAAGCUCUGAAUUAGGGUUUAGUUUGGCGAUAAUUUCAACUUCUCUUACACCAACAUCCCAACUCUCCGGUCCUAAAUCCCCCGCUGCUACUCCGCCUUUUUUCUCCGGGCUCUACCGCUCUUCGAAGCUCGACUCCACUUCACUCUUCACAACUCAAUCACCCUUCCAAAAUAUCAAUUCUCACAUACGUCUCUCCUCUCCUUCUAAACGAACUUACACCCUUAUAGUCGCCAUGGACGGUACAGGGAAGGGUUGUUGCCUUGAACAAGAAUCGGUUACUAAUGCACACAAGGUGCUCGACAUAAUGUCUCUGUUAUGUGUUCACCCCGAUGAGACCACUUUUGGCUACCUUGUCUAUCUAUAUGCAACAAAAGGACUCGAGCACAAGAUGAUUGAACUACAAGACUUGGUGUCUAGGUUCAAUUUGCCCAAUAAAUCCAUUUUUAUUAGGUGUGAUCGAAUGUUAUUCAGCGAGAUAAUGAAAGAAGAUUCUGAUAUAAUGGGGUGUAUUAGCUCUAGAGUCAGACAUCUUGUCCAGCUUCAUUACAAAACUGAUCUUAGGAAAAUUCUUAAGAAAUACGACAAAGUGCACAACUCUGUAAGUGGCGUGAACUUCAGGUCUAAGCUGCAGGCUGAACACUUGGAGAUCUUACAAUCACCAUGGUUGAUUGAACUGGUGGCUUUUUAUAUGAAUUUCAGUGAAUCAAAUGAAAUGAUCUGCUAUGAGCUUUGUAGUUAUUUCUCUUGUGAUCUCAGGGUUAUAAUUUCAAAACUUGUAUUGAAAUUGGUGCUUCCAGAUUAUGUAGUUCUGGAAUACAGUCUAACUUGUGCUGUUUGCUUGGUAUGA